CGGAUUUUCUAAUUUCGGCUGGUGGGAUCCUAUAAAACAGCGAUUUCAGUGUUUCGGUCAGCCAAACUAAACAAAAACUCAGUUGCUCUUCUUCACACAAAGCAUUUUUACUCUCAGAAUCUAAAACCCUCAAAACCAAAAAAAUAACACCACUACUGAUUUUUUUCUUUUUUCCUUGGAGUUUCCUGGAGAUUUUGAUUAGGAAACUUUCCUAUUGAGCAUCCAUAGACUGCGCAACUUUCAUAGAAAGUUCUUUUUAACUCAGCGAAAACAGUAAGGUUAUUUUUGUACUGGGAAAAUCUCCGAAAAAAAGUAUCAAAAAUUCAGCUAUUCACUUGCCUUUUUUUGGCUCGGUUUCGGUUUAGUUUCUCUUUUUGAAGGUGUUGCUUUCUUAUAAAAUCUCAAUAUACCCCUUACAGAGUUCUUUUUGUGUUUGGGCUCUCUUUAUCUCUCUCUCUUUAACUUUUUCAUUGGCAGAGUUUUGAAUCAGCCUUUGUCUUUGCUUAUCUCUUUAACUUGAUAAGCUUGUUGGUCACGGUUCUUUACUCUUUAGCUUCUUUUUUCUCUUAUCGUCCCUCUUUAUUCUCCCUUAGUUGGGGGGGUCUGAGACCGAGUUCGGUUAAUUUUCUCUGUUCGAUGUCACUACGGAGAAUCUGAAAGAAAAAAUUGUUUGGAAAAAGAUGGAACAAAGCAUCCUAUGUCCGAUAAAAUACACAGAACACAGGAAAGUCACAACGAUGUUGACGAAGCCAUCUAAGAAAUCAUCAUUAUCGUCGUCGGAGUAUAGCACCGGCACCGGAACUGUUCCAAGGGUUGUACGGAUAUCGAUAACUGACCCAGAUGCUACAGACUCAUCCAGCGAUGAAGAAGGAGAGUUGUUUUGUCGUCAGCGGGUGAAGAGGUAUGUCAAUGAAGUUAACAUUGAAACUGGUUGCAAAGCCUCCAUAGUCGCUAAUAAUGGUCGGAAGAGACCCGCCGCGGAAGCCCCUUGCCGGAGACCCAUUAAAACCUCUCCAACUCCCAAUCCCAGCAAUGGGAAGAAGUUCAGAGGAGUCCGACAACGGCCUUGGGGUAAAUGGGCUGCCGAGAUUAGAGAUCCGGCAAGGCGGGUACGGGUUUGGUUGGGUACUUAUGACACUGCUGAAGAAGCAGCUAUGGUAUAUGACAACGCUGCCAUUAAACUUCGAGGUCCUGAUGCUUUAACAAACUUUGUCACACCGCCACCGAGAGAAAAUCCAGAUCCAGAGCCAGAGCUAAAUGGAGGAACUUCAGUCUCUGGCUAUGACUCCGGCGAAGAGUCUCGAAACGUCGCAUCUCCCACUUCAGUACUUCAUUUUAGAAGGCAGUCUAACGAAGAAGAAGAAGGCGGCGGAGCCCAAAAGCUAUUGGAAGCUGUCCAUGAAGCAGAAGUAUGUAAACCUCCAUCACCAACACCACCAGCAAUACCGGAAGAACUGGUACAAGAAUGUGAAGGCGAAACGAAUAUAGCGGACGAUUUGGGGAAUUAUUUGCCGUUGGAUUUGCCACUGGACCUGUCUUACUUGGACAAUGAAUUUAAGUUUUCAGCACCUGAAUCGCCGGUACUAUUCGAAUCGCCAUUUUACUUAGACGACGAAGAGCAAGAAACGAUUCUUGAGCCUCUGCCGGAAUAUAUACUGAAGGAGGAUUUCAGCGAUAUGUUCCGGGACUCAUACGACUUGUCGUCGUCGUCUUCUUCAUCAGGCAUGUGCCAAGGGGAUGACUAUUUUCAAGAAAUUUUGUUUGGUUCAGACCCUCUUGUGGUCCUCUGAAAAAAGAAAAAGUGUGUGACAGAUACUCUCUUAUUGGACUGAGUGUUGGUGGCUGCCGCCGUUGGCUUGCCGAUUUCUCGGCAGAUUUUGUUCAGGCGGCAACCAGAAGAUCGGCUUACUGUUUUUAUUUAUUUAUUUAUUUUUGUUAUUUUCUAUAUAUAUAUAUAUAUAUUAAUAUUUGUUUAAAAUAUCUUCGUUAAAAGAAAAGAAUUAGCGGAGAGUAGAGUCGAGUUUUGAUGAAAUUUUGUUUUAAUAUAUAUAUAUAUUUUUAAUAUUGUGUAA